AUGUCAGACCUUGAGCCCAGGGCUGACAAUACCACCCCGCCUUCCGGAUCUUCGAAAGCCGACUUUCUUAUCAAGACACUGGGACUGACAUACUUGCCAAAAGAAUCUGGCUACAUCGGCAUUCUCGGUCGGUCAUGCCAUACGGUCACUCUGACACCUACAACGCCGGACACAGCCCUGGCCAAAAGUGACGCCGUUGUGCACUCCUCCAAACACCUGGCGGCCCAAUCGCACAACUAUUACAUGCUCACUGCUGAAUUCCGCGUCAAUUUUCUGCAUUUCCUCGAUCCAGACGAUACCCAUAUCCUCAUCGAGGGAGGGCCGGUGGAGUACUAUACCUUUAUACCUCCACGACAUCCUUCGCUUUCCCGACAACAUGAUGUGCAAUUACCAAGUGCCGAAAAGACCAUCCUCGGUCGAGAUUACCUUGCUGGUCAAACGCCCAUCAUCUCGAUCCCGGGCGGGUGCUGGAAAGCAUUGAGACUCUGUGAAGGUGUCGAUUAUGCUCUCAUGGCAAACGUACUUGCUCCAGAGUUUACCGAAGACCGUGUGAAGAUUGGGGCUGGUCAAGAGUUCUUGGACAUGUUCAGGGGCACGGCAGAAUGGGCGACCGACGAGUUCCUACGAUCUCUUAUUGCUAACGAAACCUGGUCUGGGUGA